UUUCAAAAUGAAAUUAAGUUGAAAUGCUCUGUUUAAAUGGGAUGUAACAAGAUUAACGAAAUGCUUCCUUUAAUGUUGCUGAAAAUGCAAUUUAAUAUAAAUCAACAUUGUUUUUGAGUCACUUUUAUUUCCACAAAAGAUGACAUUUUUCAUGAAAAUUGUUUGGUUUAAAAAUUUCCCCCGACUCAUGGCAGACAAUACUCCAAGUGUCAUUAGCUCCAGCCCUGGAGUUUCUCCUGAGCCACAUACCCAGAUAGAUAGAUAUGUUCACGAGCGCUUCAGUGGCAUGAGAUUUUAGAUGCUCAAUUCUCAUUCAAAUGCCCCCCAACUGCCACAAAAAUAAAUAGGCAUUUGGGUAUCUGAAUCCCAGAAGCAAACUCAGAAAUCCCAGCAUCUAUCCCCUCUUCAUCUAACAGACAUGGGGUGAAAAGACCAAGAAAGACUUUCUCAUUGAUAUAUCAGCAUAUUUUGGUACUUGCCCUGCGGUUACCAGCAAUUAUUGGUGUGUGAGAUCCUGUGGGUUGUUCCCCAAAACUCUGGCUUAAUGAUUCCAGACCAGCAAUGCGCUUCCAAAUUGCUUCCCUGGAGAAGACUGAAUUGAUUAGGCCAGGGAUAGAAACUAACAGCUGCAUUGGUGAAAGCACAGAGAGGUCUCCGUAACUUGCCUUCAGUAGCAGUAUCCUCACGCAGGACUAUGUUACUGAGAGUCACAGCAAUACACAGAGAGAGACAGAGGAGACUCCAGUGGACUAGAGAAGAUCCCUAGAUGUGGGUGGAUGGACAGACAGACAGAUACUGUGGCGAGAAGGGUGGCUAGAUAGAGAAUGUGGAGGAAAGGGUUCUUUGGAUGGAUGGGAAGAGGAAAGGUCUGGAUGGAUAGACGGAGAGAUGAUAUUUUUGAUGCAUUUUCCUCAGAAGCAGUGGAACACAACGUAUUUUUACAGCCCUUACUGAUCUGAGUCAUGGCCCAGCCCUACAGAGAGGGGGCACGCAGAGUUCUGUUACCUUUGGCCUUCUGCACUGUGAGCCCCUAGCAUGGCCGGAGAGGAGAUGGACCGAGUUCAUCCUGCUGGGUUUCCCAAUGGGGCAGGAGGUGGAGAUCCUGCUCUCCGUGGAGCUGCUGUCCAUGUACCUCCUGAUCUUGACUGGGAACAUGGCAAUCCUAGGUGUUGUGCCCUCCUCACCCCUAUGUACAACUUCCCCUGCAACUUCUCCAGGCUGGACAUCCUCUUCACCUCUGUCAUCACCCUGCAGUGGCUCAGCAACCUCCUUUCAGGGGAUAAAUCCAUGUCCUUCACCAGCUGCAUGGCUCGGUGCUACUUCUUCUCCUUCCUGUGCACAGUGGAGUUCUUCCUCUUGACCUGCAUGUCUUAUGACCGAUAUGCUGCCAUCUGCAACCUGCUGCACUACCCCAUCCUCAUGAAUGGCCGCGUCUGUGUCCAGGUGAUACUGGCCUGUUGGCUGGGUGUCCCAACCAUCAUGAUCUCAAGGUUGCCCUAUUGCCAUUCCAAUGUCAUUGACCUUGUCUGUGAUUCUGACCCUGUGGUGAAGCUCUCCUGUACUGACACACGACUGGUUGAACUGAGGGACUUCAUGCUGUCGUCUGUGGUCAUCCUUGGCUCCUUCAUCAUAAUGAUCGUCUCUUACACCUACAUCAUCAAUGCCAUUCUGCGCAUCCCCAGCACCAUGGGUUGGAAGAAAGCCUUCAUCACCUGCACCGCCCACCUGACCAUCAUUUCAAUAUACUGCAGCAUGGCCAUUUUCAUCUAUGUCACCCCUUCACAGAAGGAGAUUCUGGGUUUACAAAAAGCACCUGCUGUGAUGUCAACCAUUGUAUGUCCAUUUCUGAACCCCUUUAUCUUCACGGUAAGGACUGACACUGUCAAGGGAGCCUUGAAACAGUCUCUGAGGCAGUGUCUGCAGGUUGUUGUUUAAAGAUUUGGGGAAGUUCAACAAAGCAAAGCAGUUGUUGCUAAGAAAUUUCAAGGGAAAUUUUGGACUUCUUCUCUUAACCCAGCCGGACCUUAGCAGUUCUGUGAUAAACCUAAGGUUAGGAGAAAGCUAUCCCUAGGGUCCUAAUGCUGUUAGGUGGAGGCAAUUUAAACAAUUCAUGCUUGGAGAUUAAUUUUUCCUUUCAAUGAAAAUUUUCAUGGGAAAAAUUUUAAAUUUUCUUUGUAAGUUGUUUAAUGAAAACUCAAUACAUUUUGGAAUUUUAGCCACUGAAAGUUCACAUUUUCAGUUUAAUAAACAAACAAUA